UGAGCCUAUAAAUAUGACAUGCAUUGGUUGAUCAUCAUCCAUCAUCAAGCAACAACACAGUGCAGUAGACACAAGGGAUCGACGGUAGCAGUAUGAGUGUCAUGUUGUCUCUCCUCUCCUGGUUCCUCCUGGCCAUGGCUGCUGGAGGAGGCUUGCACGCAAAUUCAGCCGCCGCCGAAGUGACGAUAGCCUCAAACUCGGCAGCGGUUACCGCGUACUGGCACACAAUGCUUCCCAACACUCUCAUGCCAUCAGCCAUCCUCGAGCUCCUAGCCCCACCUGCGGCUGGCCAGAAGUGCAAUGGUAAUUGGGGCUCAUCCACAGGAAACGACGUCCAGAAUAGCAAAUGUGUAUGGGGACCGUCCACAACAAAUGACGUCGAGAAGAUCAACAAUGGUAAUUGGGGCCCAUCCACCAAAGCUGAAGACAAGAAGAGUAAUGGUGUAUGGGACCCGUCCACAACAAACGACGUCAUGAAGAACAAUGGUAAUUGGGGCCCGUCCACAACAAACGACGUCGAGAAGAACAAUGGUAAUUGGGGCCCAUCCAUCAAAGCUGAAGACGAGAAGAGUAAUGGUGUAUGGGACCCAUCCACAACAAACGACAUCAUGAAGAACAAUGGUAAUUGGGGGCCAUCCAUAACAAACGACAUCGAGAAGAACAAUGGUAAUUGGGGCUCAUCCACAAGAAACGACAUCCAGAAGAGCAAAGGUGUAUGGAGCCCGUCCACAACAAAUGAUGUCGAGAAGAUCAACAAUGGUAAUUGGGGCCCAUCCACCAAAGCUGAAGACGAGAUGAGCAAUGGUGUAUGGGACCCGUCCACAACAAACGACGUCCUGAAGAACAAUGGUAAUUGGGGCCCAUCCAACCAAGCUGAAGACCAGAAAAACAAUGGUAAUUCAGGCUCAUCCACAACAAACGAUAUCCAGAAGAGAAGUCGUAAAUGGGGCCCAUCCACCAAAGCUGAUGACCAGAACCACAAUGGUAACUGGGCCUGGGGCUCAUCCACAAAAGCUGAGGACGACAACCACAAUGGUAACUGGGCCUGGGGCUCAUUGGACAUCCAGAAGAGCCAUGCAGGAGGAUCCCACAUUGGCCAACACAACCACAAACAUGGAACCAUGUCGAACAUGGUGUUCUUAGAAGAGGCCCUCAAACCAGGAUCAACUAUCCCUUGUUACAUCCAACCAUCGGCCACCUUAGGAGCUCCUUUAUUACGGCGUGAUGUUGCCGACUCUAUCCCUAUGUCCACGGGGAACUUCAUCAAAAUUCUGACAAUGUUUGCACCAGCGUCCAACGACAUGGCUACCAAAAUAUGGUCGACGCUGGAUGAUUGCGAGCACCCGCGCGCUAUCAAGGGUGAGACGAAGGCAUGUGUCAGCUCUGUGGAGUCAAUGGUGGAGUUUGCUGCAUCCGUGCUCGGGGUUAGUACCUACAACCUCGCAGCCUUCUCCUCACCGCACGUGCCCGUGGAUGGCGUCAUGACAGGGAGGGGGUACAAAGUGGCGGCUGUAACGAGGGUCAGAGAGGCGGGGGACACCAUGACUUGCCAUCGCGGGAGUUUCCCGUUCGCUAUGUUCAUGUGCCACGCGGUGAAUCCCACCAGAGUGUACUCGGUGACGCUGGAGGGGGAGGACAUUGAUGCUGACGGCGCGGGGCAGAGGAUGGAGGUACUUGCCGUGUGCCACCUGGACACGUCAGACUUCCACCCAGCUAAGAUGCCGUUGCACGUCAAGCCUGGAGAUGCUCCACUCUGCCACUUCAUCUCCAGGGACAGCAUUCUCUGGGCGCCUGCUACGCCCGCUUCUGCUCACGCUGCUGCUUAGCUACAUGUGUAGCUACAUAAAUAAGAACAGUGUGUGCCUAUGUAAGGCGUAUGCAUGCAUGUCCAGAGCAGUCAUGCAUGCCUCCUGCGUGUGGCUACGUACCUACACGUAUGUGGUCUGAAUAAUUAUUUGUGUAGAGUGCUUGAUGUGGUGUAUGGUCGUGUGAGCGAGUAUCUUACAUAUAUAUAGUGUGUACCGAUGUAUAGGUGUUUGCAUGUAUGUCCACCGCAUCCUUGCAUGCCUCUCUGGCUUUUGUCUGCGUACUUGCACGUGCGAUAUGUGGUCUUAGUUAUUUGUGUAAUAUGCUUGAUGUUGAUGUA